UUAAACGACCUUAAUUCGGCUGAUAAAAUGUGAACGCGAGUCUUCGAGGAAAAAAUAUCUGACAGAAAGAUCAAAGAAAAGAUAUGUAAUGUGGGGAUAUUAUCGUGGCGGCGAAAGAACGAAUAAAUAAGAAGAAUCUAUAAAUAAAGGACAUAGUAAAUCUAAUGACUCGGGAAACGUAAAUUAACUUGAGCUGGUCAGUGAGAAAUGAUGAUGUGUAUAAACUGACAGAAUAGAUGAUAAAAUGUAUAAGGAAUUUGUGAGUGAGAUAAAGAAUUCUUAUUUUAGUUCAGGUAUUAACACAAAACGUAAGAUGUCGAGGGAAGAUGCGACGACCGACGAAGAAACAUCGAGGGUGGAAUUGAUGCAUGAAAAACGUCAACGACGCGUCAGUGACGUCGCCGGGAAAUUCGGAUCUCCUGAAAAUAUUUUGCGACGAGGAUACUCCGCGCCAAUCCUUAGUGCCCGAUCGAAUAUAGAAUCACCGGAUCAAGGAUAUCCCACCACUCCUACGGAUACCGAAGAUGUUUUUGAGGAGCAAUUUGAAAAAUCUUUCGAAUGGCACGACGUGACCGAUGCUUCUCCUCAGCCGGUAUCGGGCGACGAAGAUGUGCCAAGAGUUUAUGAGGACGACGAUGAUAUUCACAGCGUUCCGAGCGGACUAUCGGCAUCAAUGCCUUUGAUACCUGAUGCCAAUCGCUACAAUAUGAAUCACAAGAAUCGAGGAAAAUGCCUGGUUUUCAAUCACGACGUCUUCGAAUUGGGGUUUGAGAAACGAACCGGCUCCUGCAUCGAUACCAAAAGAAUCCAGACCACGUUUGGAAGUUUGGGAUUCACCGUACAGAUUUUGGACAAUCUGAAACACAGCGAUAUCAUCGAUAAGAUAAAUGACUUAAGUUCGGAAGAUCACACUGACAACGACUGUUUGUGCGUUUUUGUACUGACGCACGGGUUAAACAAUGGUUUCAUUUGCGCAAACGAUGUUGCUUAUAAAGCCGACAGCAUCUGGAAACCUUUUACCGCUGACAGAUGUAUUUCCCUGGCUGGUAAGCCGAAGCUUUUCUUCUUCCAGGCUUGCAGAGGAAACAGGAGUGAUCGAGGAAUCACCCUUCAAUCUCGCUCCGGAAGUAUGGAAACUGAUUCUGCCGUCAGUUCUUAUAAAAUUCCCACGCAUUCGGAUUUUCUUAUAGCUCACAGCACCGUGGAAGGGUUCUACUCGUGGAGGAAUCCAAAAGAAGGCUCCUGGUACGUGCAGUGUCUAUGCGACGUGCUCGAUAAUUAUGCAAUGUCUACAGAUUUAGCGAGGAUGCUGACUCUCACCGCUCGGAAAGUCGCCACUGAACAUGCAACGUAUAACGACCUUAAUCCAGCUAAAGCCGACCUAAAGCAAGUGCCUUCUACGACCUCGAUGCUAAUCAGAGAGCUUUACUUCACACCUAAGCUCAAGUGAUGAGCACUCUUGCGUGCUUUGUGGUCCAAGUAGCGCCACUUUAUCGCAGCGCGAUAUCGAAUCUGAAUAGAAAGAUAAUGAACAACGAAAAGAGAGCUUCUUCUAGAAAGCCGCAGCUAGAAUGGCUCCAUAAAAGACGUAUCUAAACUGGGCUUGAAACAACUCUGUGUUCACUCUGCUCGUAUUUUCUUUUAUUAUCUCAUAUACCCUUUAGGCCAGAGUGCCUCUUACCUGGAGCGAUAGUUUAUUUUGCCAGUUAAAUGAGAUUAUUUCGAUUUUCUAACGUGUAGGGCAACUCGAGCAACUGGGGCGAGCUACGUCUUUUUUUGGUUUAGAACAUGAAAAAAAAAUCACAGGAGGAGAUGGAGUAGUUUAAUAAAGUCUGGCCUCGCAAGCUCUUCCUUUGUUUAUAGGUGUAAUAAUGAGCCUGCAAGGUGGAAUCGUAUCUUUCUUUAACACAAGGCAAUAAUCGUUCAAAAAUAAAUAGAUCUUCUUUGGUACUCUGUAAAUAAACGUAUUUAAGUAAAUCAUUCGAAAAAUGAAAUUUUCACGCAUAAUUUCUACCGUCUAACACUUUACCUAAAUAUUUAUUUCUAAACCGAUCUUCGGACAUCUACGAACUUCGACUUAAUUACACUAUUGGACAUCUUCCUUUGCAAUUUUUUUUUUCUAAUUUUAAUUAAAACAAAAUACAGCUCUUUCCACUCACGUGACUCACUCUGUAUAUGCUCGGUUCGAAUGAGCGUUUUUUUUUUUACUUUUACGCCCUAAGAUCUGGAUAUUGUUCGUAUCCAUAAACUGUAUAGCGCACACCUUUUGAAAGAUCUUUUGUACAAUUGCCAUGCAGUAUUUGUAAUAAAGCCCGAAGUCAAUAACAUCA